AUGACCAAGUUCAACAGAAACCUUUGCCGGAAGGCGUCCAUGAAGCCCGAGCUCAGUGGCGGCUACAAGCAGGGGUACGAGGUUGACCACCACCGUCCCUUUGGUGGCAUGAUGCAAACCGGUGCCGGUGCGGGAGGUGUUGGUGGUGCGUCCAUUUUUGCGUUAAACGGGAAAACGGCCGCCGGCGGUCCCAUGGCGGAAAAUUGUGGAAACAUCGGUAGUGCACAUACUGGGUUACCUUCGGCACACAAAAAUACCAUCCACACUAUGAAUGGUGGCGCUCCCCUAGUGCAUGCCGGUGGUGGAUCCGGUAGUUGUGGUGGGGUGCUUAGAAAAGAUGACGGUGUGGAUGGUGGUGGAUACGUACGCGAUCUGAGUGCCGAGCAGAAGCUGAAACUGAACAUCCAACAGCUCCACAUCCGACAGCGGCAGCUUCAGCUGAACGAUUACGACGACAACAGUCUCAGCUCGGAGGAACAUGUCCUGGCACCGGCUUCCGGUUGCAUGGCCAGCCCGAACCGGCCCUGCCUGACGUGGGCCUGUAAGGCGUGCAAAAAAAAGAGCGUGGCCGUUGAUCGCCGGAAAGCGGCCACCCUGCGCGAGAGACGUCGAUUGCGGAAGGUCAACGAGGCGUUCGAGGUGCUGAAGCGUCGAACUAGCACGAACCCGAACCAACGGCUACCCAAGGUUGAGAUCCUGCGGAAUGCGAUCGAAUACAUCGAUAGUCUCCAGGCUCUGCUCGAGGAAUCGCCACCCGUACGUCGAAGUCCCGACAGGAUGGCCGAGGGCAGCAAUUCCAUUCUGUCAACACCCCAGGAUUACGUGAACUGCUGCUCCAACAGCUACCUCCGGGAACGUUUAGGCCAGCUAGGGAAGGACAACGAUCGGUACUCUCCGCUGACAGGAUUCAACUCCACGGCGACAUCCGGAUCGGUGAACGGAUCAAGCCUAGACUGCUUGAAUCUGAUCGUGCAGAGCAUUAGCAACGCCCAGCAACCGCAGCAUGCGCCGCUUGGGGCGCAAGUGUCCCCGCCGUGUCCACUAACUCCUGCCAGCACGUCGCCGACCAGCAGCAGUGGCCCAUUGCAGGGCGGCGCACCGUCAUUCGGCAGCCAUGGAUCUCAUUUGCCGUUACACCAGCAGCACCAGUUGCAGUACAGUUCGUUCUCUUCGCCCUCCUCUACCACCUCUUCCUCUUCGUCGUCAUCAUCUUCGUCGUCGUCGUCCUCGGCGUCGUCCUCGCCGCUGACGGGUUCCCAUCAUCAGCUCAGCAUCGGCACCCGACCGGUAACAGCCUUACCGAGCGCGUCCGUUUCAUUACCGUAA